AUGAACGCGGAUGCGGUGCGUGAUUUUGAAACUAGCGGAGUUUUGCCUUGCGUCGCCUACCGUCUCUGUACCCUCGGCCGUUGCGGACCGUUCACAGGUACGCGCUGGCGUGCUACGAAUGCGUUCGGCGUUGAGGCUCGAGGCUCGAGGCUCGAGGCUCGAGGCUCGAGGCAGAGACACGUGCCACGUCACGCAUCUGCAAUCCCACGUCAACGGCGUUAUGACACACCGUGUUCGACAGUCAGCGUCCAGCACCCAAUGCAGAACAGCGAUCAUGGCACAGGAUUAGUUCACGUUCGGCGUUUUCUGGAAACCUACGAGUCGAAAGGCUGCGGCGACCUGCGAAGCAUGUACAACUCUGGUUCGAAGGAUGACCUCCAUUGGAGUACGUAG